GCCCCCUGUCCUCUUGUCGCUUCCGUGUUGUUGCCGCUGCAGGCGGACCAGACCCUCUUGCGGCUUCUGCUGAUUCAGCUCCACUGUCACUAACUGGAACUUACCGACAGCAACCUGAGCUGAGCCGCAGCCCGUCUACGGAUAUAUACAUUUAUAUUUAUUCGAAGUUACCUGACUGAGCUCAGCUCCCGUUUGACAUCGUACGGCGGGCUGACAUCCGGGAUCCUCUUGUGACAGUCAGCUGACCCACCACCAGGAUAUGCGCACGCCUUUACGCUCUGCUGUCUGACGAACGUCAACUCCGCUGACAGUCAUUCAUAUAAACUGGUAGAAAUGGCAACAAAUCCGCCCAAGUUAAAGACUCAGAUAACUGCGAAUGAAAGGCUGCAAAACUUGAAAAAUACUUUUGAAAGAAAGUAUGGAGAAUCUCCUCUCUUCUAUGCAUGUGCACCAGGAAGAGUGAAUCUAAUUGGAGAGCACAUUGAUUACUGUGGCUAUUCUGUGCUUCCAAUGGCCAUUGAACAGAAUAUCCUCACUGCCGUGUCAGUGAACGUCUCAGGGACGAUUCAGCUGGCCAACAUGAAUCCUCAGUACAAGGAUUUCACUGUGCCAUGUUCAGAGGACAUCGACAUUGAUAGAGACAAUCCAAAGUGGUUUUAUUAUUUUCUCUGUGGAGUUAAAGGAAUUCAGGAGAAUUUUGGGAUCGCUCGUCUACCAGGGAUGUCGUGUGUUGUUGAUGGGACCAUUCCUCCAAGCUCUGGUCUGUCCAGUUCCAGUGCCUUAGUUUGUUGUGCCGGGCUCGUAACCAUGGAGGCAAAUCAGAAAUCCCUAUCCAAGGUGGCUCUUGCUGAGAUAUGCGCCAAAUGUGAGCGUUACAUUGGCACAGAGGGAGGUGGCAUGGACCAGUCCAUCUCAUUCCUGGCCGAGCGAGGAACUGCAAAACUGAUAGAGUUCCAGCCUCUGCGGGCCACUGAUGUCAAGCUCCCAGACGGGGCCGUGUUUGUGAUCUCCAACUGCUGCGUAGAGAUGAACAAAGCUGCUUCUUCUCACUUCAAUAUCCGUGUGGUGGAAUGUCGAAUCGCCACAAAGAUGCUGGCCCAGGCGAGGGGUCUGGACCUGAGCAGGUUGUUGAAGCUGGCAGAGGUUCAGAAAGAGCUGGAUGCCUCCCUGGAGGAGAUGCUGGCUCUGGUGGACGAGGUGUUGCAUCCAGAUCCGUACAGCCGAGAGGAGAUUUGCAAGAUGCUGCACAUCACCUCUGAGCAGUUUUCCACAGAGCUGCUGAGCGCCAACACUCAGCAUAUGACGCACUUUAAGCUGCACCAGAGAGCCAAGCAUGUGUACGGUGAAGCUGCGCGGGUUCUGCAGUUUAAGACCGUGUGCGACUCCAAACCUGCUGAGUCCAUUCAGCUGCUGGGAGACCUGAUGAACCAGAGCCAUGCGAGCUGCAGAGACCUGUAUGAGUGCAGCUGCCCCGAACUGGACCAGCUGGUGGGCAUCUGUCUGAAGUCGGGGGCUGUGGGCUCCCGGCUGACAGGAGCAGGUAUGGUUCCAAUUGAAAAGGAGGAGUCUUUCUUGCAAGCUGUGAGAGAGGCCUACUACCUUCCUGAUCCACGCAGAGCAGCGAUGGAAAAACAAAGUUUGUUUGUUUCAAAGCCGGGUGGAGGAGCUGCAGUAUUACUCGAGGAGUGACAUUGAUCACACUUAUGCAAAGGUGUUUACACAGCUAUGAAUCAAUUCCAAAUACACAACUGCAGAGAAACAAGUGACAUUUAUUUUUCUGUCUUCUUACACUUGAAGAAAAAAUGCACUUGAAAAUAACAACAUAAAGCAACAUGUAAAGCCAACGGUUAUUAAUUUGACCACUUUAUGGAUAAUCUGGAAUACAAGGGCCAACAAUUCAUUAUUUUCUUACACUGGGAAUUUGCUUUUGGUGUCAUUUUUUGUAAACCAUGAAUGUUAGGGUCUUUGUAAUAAUUUUGUAUAGCUAACUGAUUGUCUCAUUGUUCACUGUUGUUCACAGACUGUUUUCAUGUAAACAAUCAAAAGAUGAUUAAAAUAGCAAUACAUGCUUAAUUCGUACUUUAAAAAAUCGAUCCAGUCAUCUUUUAUUAACAUUUUAGAGAUAGACAUUAGUAUUUAACAAGGGAAACAAAACAUGGAGAAUUAAAUAUGAUGAACAAUUUCAUGCUUUUACAUGUGCAUCAUUGGAACAGCAUCACGUAAGACACGUUUCUUCUGUCUGUAAAAAUGUGUGAGGUUGUUGUGUUGAAGGCUUGUUGUGAGCCGUUGGGAAAUCAGAGUAGAAAGUCCUGAUGAUCACACUAUUCUGCACAGGAUCAAUUUUCACUUCAUUAGAGAGCUGAGAUGGUGGAGGCUCAGUGGUCUAAGGCACAUGCUACUGUACUGUACUGUACUGAAGGCAACUGCAGCAUUCUGCAGCAAACAUAUCUCACCCAGCAUUUCUCGUUCACUCUUUCUGCUCAACUGCUACUCAUAGUAUGAUAUAUAUGAGAGGAUUUUUAAAAAAUGUUUGGUUUCUAUUUUUUUCCAGCUAAUUUCCACAGUAUUUUAUAUUCUGAUCAUUCUCUCUAUUUUGGGAAGAAGCACAAGAACCAAAUUGAACAUUUGAUAAUGAUAAUGCAACAAUUGUACAAAGUUUAAAAUGAGGCGAGAACCGUGUGUUUGAGGAUUUAAACCAUACAUUCCAGUUUCAACAUUUGAAGAAACAUGAAAUAACCAAAGAUGCAUUGAUUGAAAUAUAUGUAAACCAUACAAGGCACAGGACAGGACAGGGAAAACAGAUCUCAGAAUAAUUCUUGCACAUCCUUGUCCUUAAAAAGCUCUAAGCAUUACAAAUCCCUUAUCUGAGGUCCCUGUUUGUUCUGUGGCUUGUUAUAUAUGGACAAAAUAUGGUGUCAGUAAAAGGGUUAGUGUUGUUGUGUCAAGUUGUGCUUAUUUUUUUCAGCAACUUUACUCAAGUAUUUACACAAAUCUCUAGGUUGAGGUGAAAUCUUCAAUGCAUAUUUGUUUUAAGGACUAAAGUCUAUCAAUAUAUUUUUGUGACUGUAGCCUGGGGUUACCUUUGCUUUUGACAUUUUUGUAUUACACCAUUGUUUGUGAAAAGGUCCAAUUGAAUCAGUUAAUGCAGGAAAGAUUCUGUACCGGCAGGCAUUAAACAUUUUUUGCACACUGAA